AAGUUCAAUGGAUGUAAAGCUCUCACUCUGCUGUCUCCUGCUUCACCUCCUGAUUCUACUGGUAAUAUUUUCUCUCUCAUAAACUCUUUCACAUCUUAAUUAAAAAUUAUGGUUCAACGAGACGUAUAUUUACUUCAACAAAAGCUCUAACGAAAUAAACUAUCUAUUAUUAUUACCUGUGUUAAUUGGGCAGGGAGCUUCUAAUGGGGUUGAAACGGAUAUGCGUAUAGAGCAAGUUCAUUCCCCCAUGCACCACCAUAUAGAUUCUUCACUGAUAGUGUUCUUCUUCGUAGAAGAUCUCAAACUAGGGAAUACAAUUCCCAUCUACUUCCCGAGAAGAGAAUCGGAUUCGUCUCCUCGCGUACUAUCAAGAGAAGAAGCCGAUUUGAUUCCCUUCUCUUCUCAAGAACUCGAUAACCUACUCCACUACUUCUCUUUCACUCAAGGCUCACCUCAAGCAAUAGCCAUCGAAGACACGUUAAGACAAUGCGAGACAAAACACAUAAAAGGCGAAACAAAGACCUGCGCAACAUCUUUAGAGUCGAUGCUCGAUUGCAAAAGGAUCUUUGGUUCGGAGACAGAGAUCAAGAUUGUCUCUACAGUUCAUCUUACUUUGUCUAACACUCUCUUACAGAAGUAUAAAGUAAUCGGAAUCCAAGAAAUUCCAGCCUCUAAAAUGGUGGCAUGCCAUACGAUGCCUUACCCUUAUGCUGUUUACUACUGUCAUUACCAAGAGAGCGAAAGCAAGGUGUUUAAGGUUUCACUAACCGGAGAGAAUGGCGAUAAGGUUGAAGCUAUUGCUGUCUGCCACAUGGACACUACUCAGUGGAGCCGUAAUCAUGUGGCAUUCAAGGUGCUCGGUAUCACCCCUGGGUCCCACCCUGUAUGCCAUUUCUUUCCAGCAGAUAACUUUGUUUGGGUUCCUAUUGUUAAGUCAAAUGCUUUGCGAUAAAAUGUAUUUGUAUAAUAUUUAUCUGUGUUUUAUCUUAUAAUCAGCAAUAAACUCCAGGAAAAGACAUCGAAGAUAAGAAAUGUAGCCAUUAUAUUUCUGGAAAGAAACUACUAGUGCUACAUAUUAAUUAGU